AUGAGGGUUAGAACUAUCAUGCAGAAGGAACUUGACUCCGGAGAUGACGAUGAGGAUGAGGGAGAGGAGGACGACGGCGACAGCACCAGCGCAUCAAGCAGCGCUUCUGAGCACGAAUGGAGUGAAAGCGCUGAAGAGACGAGCGAUGAUGAAGCCGUCAGUUCAUCUGAUGAAGAAAUGGAUGACGAAGAGCUAAGUGAGCUGAAAAUCAAGCGAAACCCUAGGCAACGACGAAAUAUUCGCAGCAGGAAUAGGUACAGCCCGGAACCCAGCGGCUCAGUCAGUAAACAACGGAAGUCUGGCGAAGGAGACAAUGUGACUGAAUCGGAAUCGGACGGCUACCAUACCCCGGAUCAUUCGUUACUGUUCACCGAUCUUGUUGUGUCGACUUAUGGCAUUGAACAGGGCUCUGCUGGCGAUCUUAUGUGA